AUGCCGACAAAUCCAAGCUCUGGUCGGCAGAUUCCGUGCAACAGACGGCCCCGGCUCGGGAGAAUGUCCGUGAACGCCCAGCUUUUUCAGAUGUUGUGGACCCGUUCGAGCUUCCAAAGCACGUGUUUGCUCAAUCCCUUGCCGUACCUUUCAGUGGAUGACCUCAUGGAAUGGCGGGUGACGUCCUGCGAGACGCGAAGUCCCAGGGUCUUGAUACAGCACGUGUCCGAAACGGGCAGGUUGGACAGGUCCGAGUCAAUCGUUAGAUUUUCGGCACAAUGGAACCGCAACGGUGAAGAUUCCGACGCCUUGGAGGGUGAACUGGCAGAGGAUGGCAGGCAACGGAAGUUCUUCGAGUGCCGCUGGUGGUGCAUGAGGCUGGCGUCAGCGGACAAAACCCAUUUGCCAGAAAGUGAUGUCUGCGACAUCGUCAGCGCGAACCUUGGAGCUCUCUUGGUGCACUGCCGCGACGUGGAUGUUUCUGUGAGGACUCACGCGCACAGUCUUGUGAACAACUAUGGGCUUGGUGGCCUGCGUUUCGUAAAGCAGUGGAUUGACGAAGCCAUGCUUGGCCAGAUGAAGGACUUGCUGCCAGAGUCCGCCGAAAUCAGCAAAGAGGCUUUGGAGCAGGCAAUGGAUUGCGCAGGCCAUCUUGCUGUCGUUCUGCGCGCUCCGACGAAGCCUCAGCGUCAGAAGUGGGUGGCCCUGCUGGUCAGAGCCCUCCAAAUUGAGGAGUCAUUCCAGGACCAAUUCCAGAACGCGCUGAUUUCUGAUCUCAAGCUCCUGUGGCGAGUUGAUGAUGAUCCCAGACGAAGCUAUGCGGAAGCAGAGCAGCAACUGAAGGCUUUCUCAAAGCAUGCCAACACGUAUUUGCGAGAACAGAUUUGGCGGCAUUGGCUCAAGAAGACAUUCCGCCUUGCGCCCGAAAGUCUCAACCAGACUUCAGUAGACCGCGACUGCGAUUCGGUGGAUUCCGAUCAAGACGUUCGCAAGCUAAUCGUCAGCGAUCCAUGCCGGGAUGCCAUGGGUGUCAGUUGCGGUGUUGCGGACUGUGGGCGCCUUGACCUUUUAUGUAGCGUCGUACUGCAAGAAGCUUUGCUGUCUUCAAUCCCGACUGAUGCAUCCGGUGGUGGCAGAGGUGGUGGCAUGGACUUCUCCUCCUUCGCCGGCUUUGCACAGGCCAUGGCUGCAAUGUCUGGCCAGGGCGGCAUGGACGGAGACUGGCAAUGCCCAAACGAUUCGUGUAUCAACCACAAGAGCAUGGUAUUUGGAAAGCAUGCUUCCUGCCCAUCGUGUGGAACAGCGAGGGGGGCCAAGUCAGUCGGUGACUGGCUCUGUCCGAACUCUGCGUGCGUCAAUGCGAAGAACUGUGUCUUCGCGAGUAAGAGCAGCUGCCCCAAAUGCGGAGCGCAGAAGCCAUCGUACGUGCAGAGCGCUGGCACCGGUGGCGGUGGCAACCGUGGAGCCUGGACAGGUGGCGGCUACGGCGGCAUGGAUCCGCAGAUGAAGAACGUUAUGGCCACCCUGGCCAAAAUGACGGGCAUGCAGUUCAACCUUCGGGACUGGCCGUGUCCUAACCAGGAUUGCGUAAACAACACCCGUAUGGUUUUCGGCAAGCACGAAAGCUGCCCACAGUGUGGCAUGAGCAAGCCCGCUUGGGCCAACCUUGGAAGAGGCGGUGAAAAUCCCGCCGACUGGAAGUGCCCGUCACCGGACUGUGUAAACAACAAGAAUUUCGUCUUUGCAAAGCACGAUAUUUGCCCGCGGUGCAGCAUGCCCCGGCCUGACGGUGGGUUCCGACAACGUUCGCGAAGUCCCCUCCGCAUGAGAUGA